CGUGCCCUCUCUCCUGUGCGCCUGAACUCUGUAUACCUCGCGCGGCAGCAGAGCCAGUCAAGCUGCUAGGGGGGACGCACAGAACCGCACAGCCAUCUUCAACUUACUUUCUCAGUUCAUUAAAAAAGGAAAAACUUCCGCAUCGUCGUCUCCUUCGGAAAAAACAGCCGAGAAUCCGGCGAGCUCAGUUGGGAUAUUUAUUUUCUAUUGCCUUGUAUUGACUUCAGAGGAUCAUAUAUCUACUGUAAAUAAGAGGUAGAGGAUCACACGGCUCGCUCACGGAUGGAAUAUCGGGACUCGAGGAGCUCGGGGCGCGCGACACACCGGGACUGAGUGACGCCGGUGGAUUGGACUCUGCCCUCCGGUUCGGGCCACUGGCAGCAUGGCCAUGAUUGGCAGACAAGAGCCAGAGCUGCAGGAGCACCAGGGAGGAUCGCAGGAGGAGGAAGGGGACGAGGAGGAGGAGGAGGAUGAGGAGGAGGAGGAGGAGGAAGAAGAAGAGGCGGAGGAGGAGGAGGAUGGGGAGGAGGUCGAGGAGGAGGAGGGAGGAGGGAAGGUGUGCGUGUCGGUCCAAGGAGGAGACGGGCAGCCGGAUGAAGAGGGGGAGGAGGAGGAAGAGCUGCCCUACCCGUCUCUGGCCCCCGUGGUUCUGCUGGCUCUGACCCAGACCACCCCGCCCCGCUCCUGGUGCCUCCGGGCCGUCUGCCACCCAUGGUUUGAGCGCGUCAGCAUUCUGGCCAUCCUGCUGAACUGUGUGACACUGGGGAUGUUCCAACCCUGUGACCACACGCCCUCUUUCCUACAGGCCCUAGACGAUGGUAUAUUUGCAUUCUUCGCGGGUGAGAUGCUGAUGAAGAUGAUAGCCCUUGGGGUCUUAGGCCAAAAUGGUUACCUUGGCGACACGUGGAACAGGCUGGAUUUCUUCAUUGUGAUCAUAGGGAUGCUGGAGUACUCGCUGGACGGGCACAACGUCAGCCUGUCAGCCGUCAGGACGGUCCGCGUCCUGCGCCCGCUCAGAGCCAUCAACAGAGUCCCCAGCAUGCGCAUCCUGGUGACCCUGCUGCUGGACACGCUGCCCAUGCUGGGAAACGUGCUGGCGCUCUGCUUCUUCGUCUUCUUCAUCUUCGGCGUGGUGGGCGUGCAGCUGUGGGCGGGGCUUCUGCGCAACCGCUGCUUCAUGGGCGAGGAUGUCAGGAUGUGAGUAGACAUAUCUUUCCUGAGUGGGCUACUACCUGUCCGGACAGUUCAGGACGACCACGGCCCUUUAUCUGCUCCUACGGAGACGCGAGACAACGGCAUGCUCCACUGCUUCCGACAUCCUCGCCCGGCGGUGGGUGGGACUUCCUGUCAGCUGGGUGCCGAGGAUCCCGGCCCAGAGAUGGAGUUCACCACCAAGGACUCGGUGUCCUGUGUCAACUGGUUCCGCUACUACAACGAGUGCCGCGCCGGGGAGGUGAACCCUCACAAAGGAGCCAUCAGCUUUGAUAAUAUCGGCUACGCGUGGAUCGCUAUUUUCCAGGUGAUAACGCUAGAAGGGUGGGUGGACAUCAUGUACUACGUCAUGGACGCGCACUCCUUCUACAACUUCAUCUACUUCAUCUUCCUGAUCAUCGUGGGCUCCUUCUUCAUGAUCAACCUGUGCCUGGUCGUCAUAGCGACCCAGUUCUCGGAGACCAAGCAGCGGGAGCACGCGCUGAUGAAGUCGGAGCAGCGCGCGCGGCAGCUCCACCAGUCCACCUCCACGCUGGCCAGCGACAGCCAGCCGGGCAGCUGCUACGAGGAGAUCAUCCCUGGCCGGCCUGGUCCCCAGUACCAGCCGAAGCCCAUCAGGAACAACAACCCAUGGAUGCUGCUGUUCUUCAUCUCCUUCCUGCUCAUCGUCAGCUUCUUCGUGCUCAACAUGUUCGUGGGCGUGGUGGUGGAGAACUUCCACAAGUGCCGGCAGCAGCAGGAGGAGGAGGAGGCCCGGCUCCGCGAGGAGAAGCGGCAGCGGCGCCUGGAGAAGAGGAGGCGACGGGCCCAGGAGAAGCCCUACUAUGCCGACUACCCUCCGUGGCGCCGCUCCAUCCACACCCUGGUGACCAACCACUACCUGGACCUCUUCAUCACCAUCAUCAUCUUCACCAACCUGCUCACCAUGAGCAUGGAGCACUACCGGCAGCCCAAGUACCUGGACGAGAUACUGAAGUACUGCAACUACGUUUUCACGCUGUUCUUCGUCAUCGAAACGACCCUGAAACUCCUCGCUUUUGGCCUACGCCGCUUCUUCAAAGAAAGGUGGAACCAGCUGGACCUGGCCAUUGUGCUGCUGUCCAUCAUGGGCAUCACACUGGAGGAGAUUGACCUGAGUGCCUCUCUGCCCAUUAACCCCACCAUCAUACGCAUCAUGAGAGUGCUGAGGAUUGCAAGAGUGUUGAAGCUCCUGAAGAUGGCCACGGGAAUGAGAUCUCUCUUGGACACGGUGAUGCAGGCACUGCCUCAGGUGGGGAAUCUGGGUCUCCUCUUCAUGUUGCUGUUCUUCAUCUAUGCUGCUCUCGGAGUGGAACUCUUUGGAAAACUGGAAUGUUCUGAGGAGAACCCCUGCGAGGGGCUGAGUCGCCACGCCACUUUCGACAACUUUGGCAUGGCGUUCCUCACGCUGUUCCGCGUCUCCACCGGAGAUAACUGGAACGGCAUCAUGAAGGACACCCUGAGGGAGUGCCGGCCGGAGGAGCGCCACUGCCUCACCUACCUGCCGCUGAUCUCCCCGGUGUACUUCGUCACCUUCGUGCUGACGGCCCAGUUCGUGCUGGUCAACGUGGUGGUGGCCGUGCUCAUGAAGCACCUGGAGGAGAGCAACAAGGAGGCGGCCCUGGAGGAGCUGGAGGAGAAGAGGGAGAAGGAGGAGGAGGCCAACCGCCUGCUCCUCCUCCAGACCGGCGGCUCCUCGUCCUCGUCGGGGGCCGUGGAGCGAGGGGAGUCGGCCCAGGUGGAGGUUGAGGAGGAUGAGUGUUCCCAUGGCAACCUGAUGAGCAUGGGACGCAUGCUCUCUCUCCCUAGCGACAGCUGCAUCCAGCCAUUCAGAUGCUCCCCCUACCCUCCCGUUGGGUAUGACAUCUACGCUGGCUACAGCUUCUCAGGCUCGGCGUCCUCCCUGGCCUCCAGCGGGGCGGGCUCCCAGCUCCAGGUGCCCUGGGCCCUGCCCUCCAUCAGCCACGCCUCGCUGGGCACCGACCGCAGCUGCCGGCCGGUCAUCCGCCUCAGCCCCACGCAGAGCAGCGACACGCCCUUCCUGAGCGGCGGCGGCGGCCUCACGCUGGGCCGCGCCGGCCCCGCCCUCAGCAUGGACGGCUACCGCCGCAGCUCGGCCGCCGGCCUGCGGCGGCAGCGCCUCAACUCCGCCCACAGCGUGGACGCCUACCGGCCCAACGCGGCGGGCGGCGGCGGCGGCGGCGGCGGCUCGGACCGGCCCAAGCUCACCUCCGCCCACAGCAUCGACGGCUACAGACUGAGCCCGUGUGGCUCCGCCCACGGGAUCAACCGGCCGGCCACGCCCUCCUCCUCUAGCCCCGCCCACGACGCCAGCAGGCGCUCCUCCUCCCGCUGGCUGAGCCCCGAGGACAGUCUGGACCGGACCCGGCUAAGCCCCUCCUACGUCCCCGAAGGCUCCGCCCCUCAGAGGCCCUCGCCGUUCCGCGCUGCAGGCAGACUGCGGAGACAGGAGGCCAUUCGCUGUGACUCCCUGGACCAGGGCGGGGGUCUGGCCGACGAGGACCUCCAGCGCUCCCAGCCGGCCGCGGCCCCCCCCGCCUCCCGACCCGGACCCGGACCCCGGCAGCAGCCCGUCCCGCCGCCGCUGCUCCAGCGUGCACACGCUGAAGCACGCCGCGCCCCAGAGGGUGAUCGCCAGCCGGGGGUACAGCCGGCGCCACAGCGCGGCCUCCCCGGAGCCAGGCUGCCCCCACUCAGAGAGCGACCCCCAGACCCCCCGCAGCGGCUGCAGCCUCCAGGUCCCCGUCCCGGAGUCGGCCCCCAGGCCCGGACCCCCGGAGCCCAGCGGGGGGGCCCAGCCCGACGCCGCUGACGAGGAGGUGAACCGCAUCAACAGCUCGGUCGGCGGCGCCCACGCACACACACACGGCCACGCCCAUGCGCACGCACACUCGCACACGCACACACAGCUGUCCCCCGGCCCCUCGCACCAAAGCAGACGUCUCUCGCCCGGCCCCCCCGGGGGGGAGCACAGGGGGGGUCAUCUCGGCCAAUCAGUGUCUCCGGUUUCAGGGCGGAACAUAAAGCAGAGAAUGAGCCCGCCCCCGGGGGAGGAGCCCGUCUCCGGGACGACGCAGCUGAUGGACAGCAGCGUCGAGCUGCGGCGGAGGACCCUCUCGUUUGACUCCACCUGCCUCACGCCCCACCUGCAAGAGGGCGGGUCGGUAGAGGACUGAGGGACGAGGAGGGGAACGUUGGGCGAACGGGAAGGAGGAUGGCUGAGUGCUCACGGACACGGGGACGAGAGACACAUGCUCGCGUCUCGAGGAAGGACCUUUGUGUGACGCCGAGCCCGUAGCAAAUCAUCACCCACAUCGAAUUACAGGGUCACUAUCUGUGCUAACAGAUACAGAGCUCAUGUGAGUGUGUGUGGGCGAGAGUGUGUGUGAGUGACUGUGUGUGUGUGUGUGUGUGUGUGUGUGCGUGUGUGCGUGUGUGUGUGUGUGUGUGUGUGUGUGUGUGUGUGUGUGUGUGUGUGUGUGUGUGUGUGUGUGUGUGUGUGUGUGUGUGUGGCGGUAUAUAGGAGUGUGGAGUAUUCCCCCUUGGUACUGAUUUUGCACACUGAAUCCACGUUGGAAAAAAACAUUCCCUUUUCCUCUCUCUCGAUCCCGCCUUUAGCUCUGUUGUAGUUCCCGCCCGCCUACACUAUAUUUAAUCAAGCACUGUUCCCUCGCUUGCUAUUAUCUCCUGUACCCCCCCUCCCUCCACCACCUCCACCAAACCCACCCUAAUGCACUUCUAAUGUGACCAUCUAACCUUGGACCUCUCUACCUCUCUCCACUUCUUUCCUCCUUAAUAUUCUUUUUAUGUUUGAUCAAAUAUCAUUUUUCUAAGACCAUCCUCAGCCCUCUAUUUACAGUGAACCCUCACUCCCUCCAUCUCCUCAUCCUUAGUAUUCUCAGGGUAGUGCUAGUUCAGAUAGAGGCGGUUGUUUGCAUGUGAAGUCUGUGGCCUUUAGGCGGCCCACGGAGGGAACGGACGCCCCCCUGGUUUCUGGAGUAGCUGAGAGACACGAAGACGGCGGGGUGGGGUCUGUUUCCCUGGAGGAUGUUCGACGAUGAUGAGGAAUGUAGGCCUAGGGACUAAGCUCAAGAGAGAGAGAGAGAGAGAGAGAGAGAGAGAGAGAGAGAGAGAGAGAGAGAGAGAGAGAGAGAGAG